CAUGGGAGUCACAGUAUUUAAGAAAACAUUGAAAAAGACACAACAAAUAAAAAAAUAUAAUGACGAAACACCGUAACAUUAUUAGUUUCGAUAAGAAUCUGCUUAAUCAACUCAAAGACAGUGCGUCCAGUUGUGUGGAAGUCCAAAAGAGCGUUCAACAUUUAGCUCUGCAUCCUAGUCAAUUGGAAAACAUCAACGACUCUGUCAAGAACACCCUUAAUAAAGGCAUCGCUAAAUACAACAAAGAAUUGGAGGGGCUAUUGUUGGGCUACCAAAAUAUAAAACUGUUCAAUGAUACUGGUGCAAUAAAUUUCGACACAUGUUUUAUUCACAUCGACAUACAAGCGGAUUUUUAUUUAUUCAAACCAAAUGUUGGGAAGGAGUUGAGCGGUGUUGUCAACAAAUUCAGUGCAGAUCAUGUGGGUGUGCUUGUGUACAAUGCUUUUAAUGUAUCACUACCCAGACCUGUUGACAAAGAGGACUGGUUAGGUGAUAAAGCACAAAUAGGCAAUGAAGUGCUAUUCAAAAUAACUUAUGUUGAUUUAGAAUUACGUUUGCCUUACAUCCGUGGUGAAAUAAUUUCAAUAACUGAGAAUGACAGUGGAAUAAGUACAGGGGAUGAAAAUACAUCAGUAAACCACAAGAAGAAGAACAAAAAGAAAAAAUUUACAGAUGAUGAAGCAAUUUCCCCUAUAUUGAAUAAAAGUAACCUCAGUGUGAUAGAAGACACUCCAAAAUUGAAGCACAAAAAACGUUCCCAUUCUUUAAGUGAAGACUUUGCUGAGGAGGAAAAUAAUUCUAUCAAGCCAACAGAUGAAGUAGAUGCUCCCAAAUCAAAUAAAAGGAAAAGGACUUCAAAUUCUGUAUCAGUUGAGUUGGAUGCCUCACUUGAGACUAAUGAAAAAAUGAAAAGUAAAAGAAGAAAAAGGUCUAAAUCAACAAGUGAAGAAGUAACAAAUUGCAAAGAUGAAUUUGUAGAUAAUAAAGAAGCAGAUUUAAGUUUAGACAAAUUAAGACAGUCCAUCGUGAUGGAGGAAACUAGUUUAAUUGAAAAUGAAAGUGAAAAAAUUAAAAGAAAGAAAAAGAAAAGUUCUAAAUCUACAAGUGAGGAAGUAAGUCAUAAAGUAAUUAAACAAGAGAAAGUGGAAGAUGAUAUGGAUAAUUCCAUGUUAGAAAAAUUAAGACAGUCUAUCAUGAUGGAAGAAACCAGUUUUAUUGGAAAUAAUACUGAAAAAUGUAAAAGCACAAAGAAGAAAAGGUCUAAAUCUUUAAGUGAUAAAGAAAUUAAACAAGAAGCACUAGAUAAUGAGGAAGUUGAUUCCAGUUUAGAUAAAUUAAGACAGUCUAUCAUGAUGGAGGAGAACACUCUUAUUGAAAAUUCUAACAUUAAAAAAGAAAAAAAAAAGUCUAAAAAAGAAAAGAAACAAAAGAAAGAAAAAUUAAAGAAGGAUGAUGAUGAGGUAUCACUUCCUGAUUUGAAUUUAAAUGAAUUAUUUUCCUCAGAUUUCAGAUGGAGUGAUAACAAAGUUGAUAUGGCUGAUAGCCAAGAUAAACAAAAAAAACCUAAGUUGACUUCCUCAGUGGCAAAAAUUAAUUUGCCUGAGGAUUCAGAAUUGGAGCAAUCUUUAACAGAUGGGAAGAAGAAAAGAAAGAAGGAAAGUGAAUCCCCUUCACCAACAAAGAAAAAAAGAAAACAUACUGAAUCAUAAAGAUGUUUUUAAAUUUAAUUGAACACUUUUUUAAAAGAUAAAUCAAAUUGUAAUAUUAGAGAGUAGUUAUACUGAUAAAAGAAUUCAGUGGUUUCAGUAUAGUAAUUUAUUUUCUGAAGUUUCAGAGCUGUGUUCAAAUGAUGUUAAUAUUUUUAUUAAUAAAUAAAUGACUAUUAUAUA